CACUGUGUGCACCCCACGCCACCCUACGAGCACGACCACAGCAAGAGCUACUCCAAGAACGGGACCAUUGCGAAGCACGUCUUCGGGUCUGGGCCCUGCAUCUCGAUGAAGGGCUACGAGACGGUCUCCGUCGGCCCCUCCUUGAGGGCCGAGGGCCAGUCCUUCUGGGAGAUCGUGGACCACCGCAUCGACGUUCUCAACACCGCGAAGUUCGCGGCCAUCGUCGGCAUCGGCCCCAAUUUCGAGAUGCAGAACAGCGACAAGACGCUGCUCUCGAGCUUCGGCAUCACCGCGUUCUCCAUCUGCCUGCGCAGGGCCAGCGGUUCCAGCGGCUACCUGACUUGGGGCGAGACAAUCGAGAAGGCAGGCCGAGUCACGGCACGCGUCGUCGGCAAGCACCACUGGGCCGCGCAGCUUAGCAGGGUCACCGCCUUCGCGUCGGAGUGA